AUGAAUCCAUCAUUACCAAGAUCAACACCGUCUACACCGCCACUUCGAACCAAGAUCAAACAACCGAAAAGGCUUCGACAAGAAAUCAAUACUCAUGAAUUCAAACAAUUCUAUUUCGAAUUAAAUCUUCAUGCAGGUGACGGAGGUGGUGACGGAGGUGUUGGCGAUCAAGUGGAAGUAUUGCGCUUUCAUUCUCCCUCUUCGUUGUCAACCAAUUUCACUACUCCGUCCAAUCUUUCCAACAGCAAGUUGUUUCAACGUUAUCAACAAACAUUUCGUGCAAGUGAUUUGUCGAUCGAAGUUCCAAAAAAGACAAAGAAGAGAAAACCAUCCACUGUGGAAUCCAAUCAAAGCAGUUCGACUUUGUCAUCGACCGCAACCAUCCAUCCGCCACCACCACCACCACCACCAGCUCCGUCCAUUGCUUUUCAUGCAACCAAACAACAAUCUCAACCAGAUUCAUCUCCAUCCUCUCAAAUGAUCACAACAGUUCCCUCCAAAAACAGAAAAGAGGAUCAAGAAAAUCAAGUGGAACCUCCAACGAUGCAUUUCAAGUCUAACACUCCACAACAACAACAAACUAUACAAACAUUCACUCCAUUCCAAAUGAUGAAUGAAUGGAGCUAUUCUCCCUCGAUCCAUCGUCAUGAACUUCCAUAUCUUCAGGUUGCUCCACAAUGGUUCAAUGAAAUGAAGCAAAUGCAACAGCAAUGGCAACAACAAAUGCAACCAAUGCAACAGAAUCCUCACGAUGGUGAAGGUUUCUUUCAAGAGCAAAACAUGUGUGUUGUUUCGCCUCAAAAUAAUCUCCAAAAUGUUCCACUCAGUCUUCAAGCGGGUAUGUAUUACGGAAAUUUGUUUGGAUAUGAAUCACUUCAGAAUUCAACAUCAUCACCAAACAAGUUACACGAUAUAUGUCCUACAUCUUCUGAUAUGACUUGCGCCAGGAGUGACAACAACCAUAGUUUCCAGUCGGGACUUUCUACUUUUGGUCAGUCACCAAAUAAGGAAGAAGUUACGUCGUUCGCUUUAUUGGAGGCAUUGCAAAGAUGGUUAAAUGCAAACUUGGCUGAAAGGAGCCAUGUCCAACAAGUAGUCGUUCCAUCCUAUGACUCUUGUGAUCCUUUCAGGAAUCAACAAUUCGAUCCGAACCCAUUCGUCCUUUCUUGUGACCCUCCUCAUGGACACCUUGAGAAACAACACAUUCCACUUGUACCACCACAAAAUAAAGGCCAUGUGGCCUUUGAAAGGUCAGUGGAGAGUUCAACAGAGAAUGAGCAUUCAAGCUUGCAGUGGGCAUGUUUGUAUUUGGCUCUUCAACAAGCUUUUUCAAAUGGAGGAGCUCCAUUCUCCUUCUUUUGA